CACAGACAGCAGAAUCACAUUUCACUUUUCGACGACUCAGAAAACCGAUCCAAGUAGGCCAAGAUGUUCAAGUUUCUCCUCGUAGCAGCUCUGGUACCGGCCAUGGCUCUGGCCGCCGUUGACUUCACCUCGUGUGGAGCUGGUAUUCCGGUGCCAGACACCUUGACUGUCAACGAUUGUUCCGGUUCGGUAUGUACGCUGACUGCCGGAGAACCUGUGACAGCGGUUGCCAGUGGAAUCGUGAGUCCUGUCGGUAGUGCCACGGCCGAAGCCUACAUCAUUGUACGUGUCGGUGGCUUGGACGUGGGCUUCGAGUUGCCAGAAGAGUUAAAAGAUGCCUGCGUCACAGGAAUCGAAGGAGGCUGCCCGGUCGUUGCUGGAACGCCGUUCACCUACACUCUGGAUGAUGACAGUUUGGAUGUCCCGGCCCGUGGUACUACCGUGGAAAUUGAAGUCGGUCUGACCGGUGACGGUGAUGCCGCUUUGGGUUGCGUGAGAUUCGAUGCUAUCAUCAACUAAACACAGCAAUAUGGAAUGCACUUUGGAAAUAAAUCUUUUUUCGUUAUUGCAUAGAAA